CAGAAGAGGGGGAAAACAACCAACAACAAAGCAACAACGCAAGGGAAGAAGCAAGAAGGGUUGGUUGGUUGACAACAAGAGGGGUGUGUGGUGUGCAGAUAUGAGUGACAUGGACAUGGACAUGGACAUGCUGUUUGCGCGGGUGAAGGCGCCAGCAGUGCCAACGACAGACGGGAUGACAACACCAACGACUGUGGUCACGGUGCCUUCCGCCACGACGGUUGCAGACCACCCCGGCGACCCAGCCACUUCUUCGAAUUCCUCUUGUGCACAGCACCAAGACACUGCUUGUGCACCGACGGCUCCCCUGGUGUCCUCUUCGCCGUCAUCGUCGUCAUCCACGGCAUCGCCGAGGUCGGCACCAUCGCCCUCUGCGUCGGCAGUGCACCACCACCAACACCACCAACAUACCACCAACAACAGCGCCAACAACAGCGCCAACAACAGCCAGGGUCGCAGCAGACAGCCAACCCGAUCCAGAUCAAUGAAGAUGGGGAGACCAAGGGCAACGUCCCACAACACGUCGUUCGACGCAGACCUUCGGUUCCGCAGAGCCGUGCCUUUGCAGAAGAAGACAGAGACGUUUCAUGCAGUGCUCGCCUCUGCCUCGUCACAACAAGUGAUCCAUCAGGAGGGCCGCACGAGAUUACCUGAGAAGCCACGCUCCUUCUUCUCCAGACGCUCACGACCACGUCGCCACCGCCGCUCGCUCUCUGAGCCAACACCGCGCAGCAUCCCGUCCUCCUCGACACCGGCGCUUGCCCUGCCCAUGGUCGGCACCGCCCUUCCGCGUCCCCACCGCGGUAACCGUGGCGCCGCCAUCACGGCCUCAGCCCCAACGCGCCGAAGAAUGCCGGCAACACCAGAAGUUCGCGCACACAUGUCACGGUCGACCGCCACGGCCCCGGCCCACCCUGAAUCCUCGCCACUUCCCACCCUCACAUCGCCCAUGGCAAAGCAACAGAGGAAUGCGUUCUCUCAACCGCCCACACGCAUUGGAACUGCAAACUCUCUGAGCAUCAACUCCUCUUCCUCCCUCAGGACGCAGACGGCCGGCUCGACGUCGUCAUCGUGGUCGACACCCAUUCGCGGGCCCUUUGCGUCGCCGCGGUCGCGUGCACGACAGGACAUGAUGACUGCCUCUGGUAUGCGGCGGCGUCGCAGCAGCAACAGUUUGCGGCUCGACGCUGACGGUCACCCCCAAUACGUCAACACCACACUCCUGCCACCGCCACCGCGGCCAGAACAGGAACAGCGUUUCGGUGUCCGCGGCACGUCGCUGUCCGCGUCACUCGAACGCCACGCGCACGCCGACCGCGACCAUGCCAUCCCCGUGUCUGUCAACCACUACUCGGACCACACGGACCGUGCCUUUGCCAAGCGCCGGCUGUCGCUUCCCCGGCAGCCACGUCGCCCUUCCAUCACCGCCACGCGCGAAGCAGCUGACCUUCUCGUGCAGCCGUCGGAGUUUGCCUCGCUGUAAACAGCUUUUGUUUGCCUCGCUGUAAACCGCUUUUGUUUGGUUGGCGCGUGUAUGCACGUGUGUGUAUGUUUGUGUAUGUUUGUGUGUGUGUGUGUGUGUG